AUGCGGCCCGGUCUUUUGAUCGCCUUGGGCUUGGCGGCCGACUUUGGCAGUGAGGUCACGGGCUUCUUGCGUGAGUGGGAAAAGGACUUCGACGUGGCCACGGUCCAUCGCCGCAUCGCUGCCUUCAAAGCCAAGAUUACCAGCUUGUUUUUGGAAGCUCGCAUCUUUGACGAGUUACAGGACGUCCCAGAUGAAGAGCAGUCCAGUGUGGUCUUGGCCGCGAAGCAUGCCAUGCAGACACCGGAAAUCCAGGUCAAUGGCAAGGUCUACAACGUUUGGCCUUCCGGGUCCGGUCGCAUGCCAGAGGUCCAGGAAACGGUCUCUAGCUUUCAGGUGACCACACAGGCCUUUCUUGGCCGAGUGGCAGCAGAGCUCCCAGACCAGGAGAUGAAGAUGACACUCAGGGCCUUGGACUUGGUCUUGUGGCGGAAGUCCAGCACCGUGGGGAAGGUCAAUUUGGAGGUCUUGGUCCGUCUCUGGUUGAAGGACUUGGGCAUGGACCACGACCAGCAAACUGUUGGUAUUCAGCAGUACAGAGACGCUGCGCCCGGCCCUAAGAAUGUCACAUUGGGUCUCCAUGACAUCAUGGGUUUCCUUGACUUGUCUUGUCCAAACUCUACGGAGCGAGGGUCUUACCUCUGUUCGAAGCACACGGACAAGGAGAUCGGCAACGACAAUCGCGGCAUUUGGGCUACAGUGAUGGACAAAAACUGGACGGUCUUGAACGUGCUGCUGUCUUUCUACCUGUCCUUGGAAGUCUCAUCCUGCACACUGGAGCGCAACUUUUCGGAGCUUCGCCGCUUUGUCGAAUCCCACUGCGGGGCAAGCCAGUCUGAAUCCCAAGAUAUUGAAGCUGCCUUGGAGCUGCGACUGGAUGGACCACAGGACGAGGCAGAGGUCUGCCGAAGGACUUUCCCAGAGCAAGGUCCAGGUCUUCUUCAGCUUUCCAAGAAGGUUCAGGUGGCCUUAGCUGUGCCUGGAUCUGGGUCUGGGUCCCCACUGCUGGAACUCAAUGCGUUCUCCAAACGCCUGGCAGAACUUUGGAUUCACCACCACGGCCGCAGGUUUCAUGUUUACAAGAGAAGACAGGACUGUGGUCUUCGGCGAGGUCCCCGCGAAGGAACGGAGUCGUCCUUGAUUGCUGCUCAGAAGCGGGCUCGAAGCAAAUUGAGCCAAGGUCUUGGGGUGGACUCCAGACAACUUUUCGGAGCAAAGCGGUCCAAGCUGGCUUGGAAGGCCGCCGGGUGUCUCGAGGACUCUGAGAUCUACAAGCAGAAUGAAUCCAUGAAGGUGUUUCACGAGCGGUCUGCCACGAUCAAGGAGAAGCAUCUGGAUGUCAGGAGGGCCAAGAUCGACGGAUCUGAGCCGUAUCCCGUAGGCGGGCUUUAUUGA